AUGGGCCGUUAUUUCCUGGAACAUCUUGGUGGUCGUCGAAUUUUUUCGUGCGAUAGCUGUAAAGCAUUCCUGACAAAUGAGGAUGAACUGAUCUCGAAACAUUUCACUGGAUCGACGGGUCCAGCUUUCCUGUUUGAUCGUGUUGUCAACAUCGAAUAUUCGGAGAUGCAGUUGCGAACAAUGAUUACCGGGCGGCAUAUUGUUCGAGACGUCAUUUGUAAGCGGUGUAAAACAAAACUUGGUUGGAUGUACGAAUAUGCAAUGAAUGAACCUCAGAAAUAUAAGGAAUCUAAAAUUAUUCUAGAAAGAGCAUUGAUUGAAAUGAGUGAAGGCAUCGAUAAUCCUGUUAACGAUGGAAGAGAACCACGACAACGGUCAAAAACUCAGGCUUUCAUAGCUUCGAGUCGUGAAAAAAGGAUAAUAUAUUGUUGGUCGUUUUGGACUGAGUUAAACAUGACGAUACUACCUAGCAAACCGAAGAAAGUGCCAAAAAAUGCUGAACGGCAUGGUGCGCAGCAAACAAGUAAUCGGGCUUCAGCGGUACAUUUACAUAGACACCCAAGUACGAACAGUAGCAACGAGGAAAAAAGAAAAACUAAUGCUGCUGCUGCUAGCUCCAAAAGUUCACCGCUUCCCAGGACUGCGUCUAGUAAAAAUAAUCAUUCCUUGGCUGCGUCUCAACCGGAUACUAAUAAACAACCAAGACAAAACCCUCCAGAAGAAAAUCCAGAUUUUUAUAAUUUUAUGCUUCCAGGUGCUCCGACUAUUAAUUCUGAUGACGAAGAUGGUUCUGGUUUCAAAGAUGAUAACCUCGAAGCUUGGUUUGAGGAGCGUCUGCGUUGCGUACGAGGCCUUGUGAUAAAACCUGUUCGAGGAGAUGGAGCAUGUCUCUUCCGAGCUGUUGCAGAUCAAAUAUAUGGCGAUGAAGAAAUGCAUGACGAUGUCAGACGACUUUGCAUGGACUACAUGGAGAAGAAUAGUGAUCAUUUCUCACAAUUCGUGACGGAAGAUUUUCAUGAUUACAUUGCAAGGAAACGACGUCGUGAUGCUCAUGGAAAUCAUGUCGAAUUACAAGCAAUUUCUGAAAUGUUUUCACGCCCAAUCGAAAUUUAUGAGUAUUGUACUGGUGUGUCUUCAUGUAUUGCUCUAAUCUUAGAGCCUCGAAAUAUCUCCAGCUCUCGUCUAGAUGUCUCUCCAUCUGCAGAACAGAACCCACCAAUUCGCCUUUCAUAUCAUGGUUCAAUUCACUAUAAUUCAGUCAUCGAUCCAACUAAACCGACAAUAGGAAUUGGCUUAGGAUUGCCUGAGUAUUCACCUGGAGCAGCAGACAGAAACCUAUUGCAAGAAGCGAUGCAGAAAUCAGAAAUAGCGCGACAGUCUUAUUUGGAUUAUUUGAAAAGUAUUAGCAAAUCGGAAAAUACCGAAAUGAAAAAAACAGAAUAUUCGGUAUCGGAACCGGGUUGCUCACAUGCAAAUGUUCGACCUCAGGAAAGCACGGAUUUGGAACUUAGAAAUAUUCAUUUAACAGGUGCUAACGAAUGGUUUCAUGCAGCAGGAUCGGAUGCGGAGGAAAAUGCAUUAUUGGCACAGGUAAUGGCACUUUCACAACAGGAAUUUAUGAAUUCGCUAAAGAAGAAAUCAUUGAAGGAGCAAAAUGAUGCUGAUCAAGCUGGUUCCAGCAAAUCUUCAUAUGAUUCGGGUGUUAGUCGCUACAAUUAA